CGUCAGUAGUUGGAACAAGGACGCGUUACGUGCAGAGUCCCCAGCGCGCAGACCAUAAAAUCGCAUUAAAAUCGCCUUAGCGCGUUAUCUUUUAGCGGAUAAAUUUAAAAAUUCCAUAAAUAUGCAGCGAAAUAAAAAAUAAAAAUAAAUUCAGCUGCUCAAAUCAAAGAGCUUCGAGUGCUCUGUGUGUGCUUUGUGUGUUCUUGUGUCUGUUUUUUUCCCCAAAGGAAAAAUUGUGCCAAAUCAGCAGCAGAUAGUCGUUACGUAUACGCAACGUGUGCGGAGUGUUGUUUUAUUGAUUGCCAAGCAGUAUAAAGCCACAUUUAAACAAAAAGGAAAAUGCUGAUAAAACAGUGAAGAUUUAAAGAGCAGCCUCUUUUCUGAGGCCUGAGCAGUGAAAUGUGUGCAGCUGACAGUCAAGGUCGCCGACGCCUCAUGUCACCCACAAAAACAUAAGGAUCUACAAAAAAAAAAAAAAAAAAACAAUUAUAAUAAUAAAAACAAACGAAGCAUUUUCGCGGAGGCAGUUUGAAGUUAUUAGCAGCUCAUCAGCAAAACAAAAUUAAAAUGCCCAGGAUGGGGAGACGUCACAAACACUGCCAUCAUCGGUUGUGCGGUUCAUCUUCAUCUCCGUUGCAGCGGCUGGUGGAGCUGCAGCUGCUCCUUCCAGCUUUGUUGGUCGUCCUGCUGGCCACCACCCUCGGCCUCGCCUGCCGCGUCUCCGAGUUCUCCUGCAAGGGAAGCGGCAACAGCGGCAACAUCUGCGUGCCCCUGGACAAAUACUGCGACGGACGCAGCGAUUGCGCCGAUGGCAGCGAUGAGCCCAAACAUUGCUCCGUCUGCAAUCGUACAUAUUAUGGCGAUAUCGGACGCACCUAUGCUAUAAAAGUGCCAACGCCACAGUGGAAUAAAUUGCCUUUCCUCUGUCACUUGACAUUCACAGCAUCCGGUCAUGAUCAAGGCGACAUUGUACAGAUCAUCUUUGAUGGCUUUACGGUAGGCAGGUUCGACGAGGGCAUGGUCGAUACGGAUGUGGAUGGUUACGAAACGAACCUAAGUCCCACGGGCGAGUUGCCCGGCUGUCCCGAGGGCUUCAUGCAGCUCAGCGAAUUGGGACGCCCAUUCACCGGCGGCUCCUGGUGCGGCAAGGCCACCGGACCGCAAUUGUACUUUAGCGAAACAUCCACGGUGACAGCGUCGGUGAAGGUAUUUCAUCCGCCACGCAAUAUCCGAGACGAGAAGCCCUUUGAGUUCAGCAUAAGAUAUAAAUUUAUAAGCCAGUCGGAUGCAGUUGUGAGAUACGGCCUGCCCGAUAAGCCGCUCGAAUUGGGCCGGGUGACACCUGGCACCUAUUGUACCAGGCAAUUCGAUGAAUGCUAUCGUAACAAGUGUCGCCUGCAAAGUCCGAAUUAUCCUGGCAUGUAUCCGAGGAACGUAACCUGCUACUGGACGAUCCGGCAGAAGGAAGUGCCGACCAGCAAGCACGCCAUGAUUGCCGUUAGCCAGGAAAAUCAGCACAAGGCCUUGGUGAAGCGGUCAAUAGCCAGCUUUAAUAAAACCUCACGGUCCAUUCGAGCCUGGUCGGACUGUACGGGUGAACGGGACCAUUUAAUUUUCUACGAUGGCAGUUCCACCAACGAUCCCGUUUUGGCCAAAUACUGCGGAGGAGAUUGGUUGCCACGCGUUGUUUCACGUGGUCCUGAAAUGCUGGUGGCCUUUCACUCCAGCCCGUUUUCGGCGCCCUUGCAACAGGGAAUUCCGAAUCGUGGCUUCGAACUGGACGUGGACAUACUCUUCACCGAUUCCGACUCGUUUGACUUUGCCCAGGGCACCAAGAACCUGUGCGAAUUCCACAUUAAUGCCUCGAAUCCGGAUGAUGUGCUAUUCUCGCGUCGCGGCCGCAUGGGACGCAUUGUGAGUCCGCGUCACACGCUUCCGCCGAAUACGACAUGCACGUACCACUUUCACGGAUAUCCUGGUGACCUGAUUUGGUUAUCGUUUACCAGCUACAAUCUGCAGAUCCUGCAGCAGGCGAUACACGACAACAAUACGCUUGGACGGAGCGAUCUGCCACCGUGGAUAACCCGCCUGAGGAUGUGGGACAGCUAUGGGACGUAUGUGCCCAUGAAAUCGACAAGUUCAACCACCGGCCAACCGCCCCCACCGCCCCCCGUGGCCUCAUCGGCGGACGGGGGGAAGCCCACCCUGUUGAACCAGAGCAACUACGGCAGCUACUACUAUAGUGCCAGCAAUCCGAAGCUGAACCGGAAUCUGCGGGUGAACAUCGACAAUGCCUGGAAUCCGGUGGACACCUACAUUUACGGACCCACCCAGUCAAGUGUUUUUAACCAGGAGAACAAGUACAGUGGCUACCAGGGAACAGGGCCCGGCGGAGGAUCCGCAGGAGCUGGUGGCCCCGGAAAACCGUUGGCUGGGGUCAAGGACAGCCUCAACUUCAUAUCGAAGUCCUCCAAGGAGGUCUCAGCUGCCGCAGUGGUCAGCUCGGAUCGAAACAGUGCCGUGGCCUUGAUGAGCACUAAGGGCAAGAGGCGUCUCAUGCUGGAGAUCUACGACUAUGAGACCCCCAAAUUGUGCGAUCAUACGGCCAUCGGAAGUGGUGUGAGUGGCAGCAGUGCCCUAAUGGGCGGCAAUAAACAGAGACCCUGCAGUCCCUUGGAGAGCUAUGUGAGCACCGGGAGAGAUUUGAAACUGGAGUUCCACACGCAUACAGGCACUGCCUUAUUUCCGGCCCAGUUUGCUCUAAACUAUGAGUUUGUGGACACGGAACAAGGUGGCGAAACUUGGGCGGGAAGGCGCGGAGAGGAUCCUGUGCCGCCGCUUUGCUCGAGAAUUUUCAAGAAGCGCAAGGGCAACAUCCAGGUGCCCCGGAAUGUGUUCCUCUACGGACGAGGUGGUGCCAAGAACAUAACCUGUCUAUAUCGCUUUGAAGCGGGCCCUUCGGAACGGGUAAAAUUGGUCCUUCACAACGUUUCGUUUGGCGAGGGUACAGCCUGUACUACGGACUCGGAUCUGCAUACAGGCAGACCCCGCUGCAAUCAACUGGACCCCGAGGGUCGCAUCACAGAGCUCCGGCUAUUCGAUGUGCCAUUCAGGGAUGUCAAAAUCCAACUGGGUUGCUUCUGCGAUAACUCCAGUGCUUUAUAUAGCAAUGCACCGCUUACCUUCGUUUCCCACUCGAGAAUUAUGGAGCUUUCUUUUACGGUCACGAGAUUAAAUAUAUCGGAGGACUUUGCGGAUGUUUUCUUCUCGGCUUCGUAUGAAUUCAAAAGACAACCGGACUGCAGAAAGCAGUUGAAACUCAAGGGAGCCGGAGGGGAGGAUGAACUAAAAUAUCCUCUUAAAACGCAGGAUGCCAGUUGCGAAGGUUUGGCGUGGUACAUUGAAGCCCAAUCGGCUGAGAGGUCGCUUUUCGUUCAGACUUGGGGCGCCUAUUUGCCCGUGGAUCCCACCUCCGAAGAUGCCAUGAGGUGUCACACCAAGAACCGGCUGAUGAUAUAUUCGGGUCGACCUCUCCGCCCUAUGAGGGUGGUGUGUCCGGCGCAAAGUGGUCCGAGGCCGAUGUCGCUACACAUAUUCUCCGAGGACUGGACCAAUGGACAGCCUUUGUUCAUGAACAAACCAAUCAGCCUGGUGCUGGAGCCCAUCCUGAAGGAGCCCGGCGACAUAUCCUUCACGUGGCUGGAGAUCCAUCGCACUAAGAACGCCCUGCUGCAGCAGUUGGACCUGCAUGUGAAUGCGAGCGUGACCACGGGCAUGGGCUCCCAGACCUCCUCGCAAUCCUCCCCGGGAUCCAAUACGGGGAUUGGGGGGCUGGGCGGCACAGGAUCUGCUGCCAAUGCCGGAGGCUCUGCAGGCGGAACCACUGCCAACGAGACGCUGAACGAAUUCGGCUUCUUUCCCAAGGAGUCGGACUGCGAAUACAAAUGUCCUGAAAUUGAUGCAUGCAUUGCGGCCAGCCUGUGGUGUGAUGGUCACCACAACUGUCCCAGCGGUUUCGACGAGUCGGAGGAGGAGUGCGGCACCGCUCGCAAGCUGCUGGAAUUGCCGGGCGGCGUUUUCGCCGCUUUGGGCUGCAUCGCGGCCGCCCUCACCGCCUGCCUCAUAUUCUGCAUGUUCGGACUGAUGAGGAAGCGGAAAAAGUCGGUGGUGCAGAAGGGCGCUGGGGUGGGCGGCAUGGGCGUGGGCGGAGUGGGCGGCAUGGGCGGAAUGGGCGGCGUGGGCAUUGGGUUCAUGAACGGAGCGAGCAAUGGCAACGUAUCCGCCGCCAGCAUCGGCACCUUGAAGAAGGACUUCAAGAAGGAGGCGCUCUACAUCGAUCCGGCCUCCUGACACGGACUCCAGCCGGUCGAGUAUAUCCACGUCGAUCGGGAGACCACCGUGUGAUAUGUUGCCGCCGGCUGUGGCAUUACCUACGACUAUGACUAUGAUCAUGUGGAGCUUUCCAUGGAGCUGGCCUGACCGAUGGAUCGGCCCGCUGAUCCCGUUCAAAAUCUGGCCUGGAGAUUUUAAAGAUACAGAGUCGACUCGACUGGAGGUAGGAGAACACUAAAUGAAACUACAUUUUAAGCUGAUAACUUUUUCUAAACGCUUCUGGGAGUAACAAAAUGAGCAGAAACAAAAAUGUGUGUAUGUAGUCAUAAGGAAAAUGAUAUUAAACUUAUUAUUACCUAAAAUAAUUUAGCUUUUUUUCAAAUUUUUAAUUUUUUUUCUUGUGUUUUCUUUCCUAAUUAACUAGUCUGUAUAAAGGUUUUCUUUUAAACUUGAUUUUAAAAAGAAGUCAAGGCUGAAAAUUAUGAUUACUUUUAAAAUGUUAAUGAAAAUAAAUAAUAAAGAAGGUGGUACUUGUAUAUUUUUGUAUUAUCAAUUAUAUUAUG